AUGGGCCGGUUCAUCAGCGCGUGCCACGCCGGCCUUCGUCUUCUCCGCCCUCAUCGAGCUCACCGCCGUCGACCAGCGACCAAGCGGAGCUGGGCCCGGGGCGACAGGGAAGCACCGGAGCCCGAGCAACCAAAGGGGGCGCCGGCCUCGGAGCUCCACUGCAGCAGCAGUAGCUUGCCCUCUCUCAGACCCCAAAGCUCGGCUCACAACGGACGGGUGGAAGAGAGACCUGAGAGGGAUUUUCUGGAUAAAGGCUCCAGAACAGCUUCCACCCUAUCAGCAGCCACGCUGGCCUCGCUGGGCGGGCCUUCGUCCCGCAGGGGCAGCUGUGAUACGUCGUUCUCUGUGGAGACGGAGGCGUCCAUCAGGGACAUAAAGGACUCUCUGGCGGAGUCGGAGGAGAAGUACCGCAGAGCCAUGGUGUCCAACGCCCAGCUGCACAACGAGAAGUCCUACCUCAUGUACCAGGUGGACACGCUGAAGGAGGAGCUGGCCGACAUGGAGGAGCGGCUGUGGGAGAAGCACCGCGAGCACGGCGACAAGACCAAGGAGUUGGACAGGGAGAGACACGCCCACGGCAUCCUGCAGUUCAAGUUCAAGAACGUGGAGCAGACCCUGAGACAGAGCGAAGAACUGCUAAACAAACAUGGAAUAGAGUUGUCACCAGAGAUUACCACCAAUGGUGAUGCAGGCCAGAUGGGGACCGAUGGCACGGACUCACAGGAACUCCUCGCUGGGGGUGGAGAGAGCAUGCUUGAGCUGCGACUGAAGAAGCUUGUUGACGAACGGGAGAGUCUACAAGAUCAGGUCAGGCGUCUGAAGUCUCAGUUGGACCAGAGGCAGAAAAACGGAUCAGAGAUUCCGGUUGCCGAAGGCGAUGAUGACCUCCUCGAGAACGGCCUAGACCCCCACAUCCUGGACCUGCAGAGGGACGCCAACCGACAAAUCAGCGAUCUCAAAUUCAAACUGGUGAAAUCAGAACAGGAAGUGACCGCUCAGGAGCAGAACAUCAUACGGCUGGAGGGCCAGGUGUCGCGCUACAAGACGGCGUCGGAAAGUGCCGAAAAGGUGGAGGACGAACUUAAGGUGGAGAAACGCAAACUACAGCGAGAGCUGAGGGCAGCCCUGGACCGUGUGGAGGAGGUGGAGGUGAGCAACAGCCACCUCUCCAAGCGCCUGGAGAAGAUAAAGGCUAACCGCAACGCACUGCUCGCCCAGCACUGACUCUCUCUCUCUCCCUCUCUACCUUUCUCUCUCUCUCUACCUACCUUUCUCUCUCUCUCUCUCUU